CUGUGAAUUUUUAUCCGGCUCGACCCAAAGUUUUCAGUAUCUGUCAGUCUAAUUUUUCUUUCGAUUCCGUCUUUAAAACAAGACUAAGCCUCCUACAGCUUUGAUUUUCAAAUGGGAUAAAUUUGAAUUCGAGAUAAGAGUGAAAGAGGAAGAACGGAGGGGGCCAGAUUCUGAAUAGUCGCUGUGGACUAUCCAGGAAGCGUUUAUCGUCGUCGGCACAAAAAGAUAAAUCUUCUCGACCGAAAUCCUUGCAAACUGCAGCAAUGUUUCCAGGAUAUCGAAGAGUGAUUUAUUUACAGCAGUUCAUGUUCAGGCAGGCGUUGCUGAGAAAAAGCGUCCCCAUCGGAAUCGCUGGGCUGGCGUUUUAUCUUCUCUUUUUGCCGAAGAAAUAUGAAAUCACCUUCACUGGGAACGUCCCAGAGUCGGAUCCUGCUGUCGUCUGGGAUUUCCUGUCGGAUUUCAGCAACAUGAAAAAGCUCAAUCCAACAAUGAUAGAUUUCACUAUCACUUCUGACAAGGCAACACCUAGUGUCUGGGAGUAUGGUGUGAGGUAUUCGGAAUAUUUGUCAAAUUUACCGUUUAUCCGACAUUCGGCUGAUGCGACGAUUAAAUCCUACAAGGUUUUCCCAGUCUAUUUUGUGGAGUCUAAUCAUGCUACUUGCUUUAUUGGAAACUUUUUUUGCUUGAAUACUUCAUCGAAAAUUAAGUGCUCCAUCAUUGAUUCUGGAGCAGGAAAAACUACUUUUGUCCAAGAAGAUAAUGUUUAUGAAUGCCCAAGAUUAGCAUAUUUCUUCUGCCUCAGUGAGAUUGUCUACCAGAGGACAGCUGUUUUCAAAAACUUGAUUAAACAUUUUGAAAAUACAAAAUAUUAACUUAUUUUAUUUAAUAAGGAGUUGCAAUUGCUUCUAAUAAUAUCUGUAUUAUUUGUCUUUUUUAAAUGUUUCAUAAUUAUGUAAUAAAUUUUUUAACAACA